CCGAAGGCAAUACACGUGUAAGCCAAUCCCCGCAACAAGACGUCAUAAGAGUCAGACACCCACCCUGCCCCGUGUAAGAGACUCGGACAGCCAAGACCAUCAGGACAUACUAUACAGAAACAAUUGUUGUGAUAAAUGCGUUCAGGCGUAUAGGCGCAUAAUCGGCCGUGCAGCGCAGCAAAUCAUUCGGCAUCUGAUGCACCGAGAUCAACGCGGUCAGAUCGGCAUGAGUCACAUUUGUGGUGUUGCUCGAGAAACACCAAAUGGGCGUGGAGCAGAUGAAGUUUUGAUAUGAAUAAAGCCCGUCUGGGAAACCAUGGGGAAUGGACAUUUGGAAUGCCAAUCAAUCAAAUAGAUCGCACCCUUUACUCACAUACCAAAUAUCUUACAGAAUUCCCAUAUCAGCCCCAACUGCUUCAAGUUGAGCCAUGGCCGACGUCGAGGGCGCCCUCCCGCUCGCAGCCCGCCGAGACCUUCGGGUCUCGAUCGCGGAGACCAAGGACCCGCUGGUAGAAGCACUGCCCAAGGUCGAGCUCCACGUGCACAUCGAGGGCACGCUGACCCCGGAGCUCAAGUGGAGGUUCGCCCGGCGCAACGGCAUGACCCUGCAGAACCCGCGGACGGGGGCGGCGUUCGCCUCGCUCGACGAGUACCAGGACUCGCACGACAGCUUCAAGAGCCUGUCCGGCGCCGGCGCCGGCGGCGGGCGGAUGAACAACGAGGAGGAGACCCUGUCCUUCUUCGAGGCCUACUACGGCGGGUUCGAGGUGCUCAAGACGGCGGCGGACUACCGCGAGCUCGCGAUGCACUACCUCGAGCGCGCCGCGGGCAUGAACGUGCGGUACUGCGAGCUGUUCUUCGACCCGCAGGGGCACACCCGCACCGGCGUGAGCUGGGAGACGAUGAUGGGCGGGUUCCGGUCCGCGCAGGAGGAGGCGGAGAGGCGCCUCGGGGUCAGGAGCGCCUGGGUCAUGUGCUUCCUCCGCGACGAGCCGGUGCGGUCGGCCGUCGAGCACUACGCCGCCGCGCUCGGCUACCGCGACAUGAUCGUCGGCGUCGGCCUGGACUCGAACGAGGACCGGCGGCCGCCCGCGCUCUUCGAGGAGGUCUUUGCCCGGGCGAGGGCGGACGGCUUCCGCCUGACGGCGCACUGCGACGUCGGCAGGGCGUACCCGGUCGAGCAUGCCCGCCAGGUCAUCUGCUCCGUGGGGGGGACGGGUGCCGACCGCAUCGACCACGGCCUGAAUGCCGUCGAGAGCGCCGAGCUUGUGGAGGCGUUGAGGUCGAGGGGGAUGGGGAUGACGAUCUGCCCCUGGUCCUACAUCCGGCACCAGCCCAUGGAUGAGGUGUUUGAGCGCAUCCGCGCCCUCUUCGACGCGGGCGUCCGGGUCUCUAUCAAUAGCGAUGAUCCGGCGUUCAUGGAGGAUACCUGGGUACAUGAGAACCUGCUGGUCGUGCGGAAGUUCUGCAAGUUUAGCGACGAGGAUAUGAUCAGGCUUGCGGAGAAUGCUAUCCUCACCUGUUGGGCUUCUGAUUCGACCAAGGCAGAGAUCACGGCUGAGCUGGAUGCCUUGAGGGGGAGGUACAUAACAUGAUGUAUUGGGUUAUGGGCUGGCAACUCUCGCUCAUUUUUCACGUGAUCGGUUGUGGACUGUUGCUGGACCGCAUCCAUGGAUUGCUCAUGUCGCCGGAAUAAGGGCGAGGGCGUGCCUUAGGGGCAAUGGACACAAGUGGUGCGCGCGGAAGUGCCCCAGGGUGAGUGCGAUCGAUCUGGACCUGUCGAGAGGGCCAUCGCUCGGGAUGGCCAAGCCACAUGUGCAAUGAUCGGUCCAUUGGGAACUGCAGGAUUAGUGGGGGGAUUACAUCAGGAGAUACACAUUCUCGAUGCGAGACCAGUGUCACUCCCAAUGACAGCUCUUGGUGGCCGGGAUCAAUUACGUUUGGAGUCCUUACAUGCCACAAUGUCCUUUCAGUCUGUGGACAGAGGGCGUAAUUAUAUUGUUGAUAAAAG